GGGCCAUGCGGGAGCCGCGCUCCGGGCUCUGCCCGCUCCUCUUCAUCCUCAUCCUCCUCCUCCUCCCGCUCCCGUCGGCGGCGGCCGCCCCCCCAGCUCGGCCGUGCAUCCCCCUGGGGCUGCGCCGCCCGCCACCAGCGAGCUCCAGAGGCUGCACAGGGCUGUAUGGGACCAAGGAGCCCGACGUCGCGGCACGGGAGAAAGGGGUCUCUGUGCAGCUGCCAAGGGUGGGCAGGGUGCUCUCGGCACUCACUGUUUCCCCCUGGGAUGCCGUCUCCCCCCGGGAUGCUACUGGCUGGCCAGACUCUGCCCCAGUUCCUGUGCGGAGCAGGCGCUCGCUCCAGGAGCUCCCCAGGAGGCAGAAGAGGGACUGGGUGAUCCCCCCCAUCAAGGUUCCUGAAAAUGAGAGGGGUCCCUUCCCUAAAAAGCUUGUACAGAUCAAAUCCAACCGGGACAGAGACACUAAGAUCUUCUAUAGCAUCACGGGCCAGGGGGCGGACGCUCCCCCCGAGGGCAUCUUCACCAUCGAGAAGGAGACAGGCUGGAUGAAGGUGACGCAGCCGCUGGACCGGGAGCACAUUGACAAGUACCACCUCUUCUCCCAUGCUGUAUCCGAGAAUGGCAAACCGGUGGAGGAACCAAUGGAGAUCAUAGUCACAGUGGUGGACCAGAACGACAACAAGCCCCAGUUCACACAGGAGGUCUUCAGGGGUUCUGUGUCAGAGGGUGCUUUGCCGGGCACUUCCGUGAUGCAGGUGACGGCCACGGACGCAGAUGACUCGGUGGAGACCUACAAUGGUGUUGUCGCCUACUCCAUCCUCAGCCAGGAGCCACGGGAGCCCCAUCCUCACAUGUUCACCGUCAACAGGGCCACCGGUACCCUCAGCGUCAUCGCUAGCGGCCUCGACCGGGAGCGCGUGCGGGAGUACACACUGACCAUGCAGGCAGCUGACCUGGAUGGCGAGGGGCUGACCACAACGGCACUGGCGGUGAUCGAGAUCGCGGACAUCAAUGACAAUGCCCCUGAGUUUGACCCCAAAAUGUACGAAGCGGCCGUGCCAGAGAAUGAGGCUGGGCGGGAGGUGACCCGGCUGGCCACCACUGACCUGGAUGAGCCGAGCACACCGGCGUGGCGAGCCGUCUACUCCAUCCUGCGCGGCAACGAGGGAGGCGCCUUCACCAUUUCCACUGACCCUGCCAGCAAUGAGGGUGUCCUCCACACUGCCAAGGUGGUGUCUCCCCAUGUCCCCUCCUCCCUGCUCACAGCGGGAUGCUGCCCAUCCUCUCCUCUCUCCUAGGGUCUGGACUACGAGGUCAAGAAGCAGUUUGUGCUCCACGUGGCCGUGGUCAAUGAGGCCCCCUUUGCCGUGAAGCUGCCGACAGCCACUGCUACGGUGACAGUCAAUGUGGAGGAUGUCAAUGAGGCACCUGUCUUUGUCCCACUGGUGCAGCUCGCCCAGGUGCCAGAGGAUGUGCCACCUGGGCAGACCCUCACCUCCUGCACAGCCCAGGACCCCGACAAGGCCCAGGGGCAGAAGAUCAGGUACAUGGUGGGGCACGACCCAGCAGGCUGGCUGGCUGUGCACCCCGAGAAUGGCCUCGUGACGGCACGGGACCACCUGGACCGCGAGUCCCCCUUCACCAAGAACAGCACCUACACUGCCGUGCUGCUGGCUGUGGAUGAUGGCUCGCCACCUGCCACAGGCACUGGCACUCUGCUCCUCACCCUGCUUGAUGUGAACGAUCAUGGUCCUGAGGCCGAACCCCGCGACAUCACCAUCUGCAACCGCAGCCCCGAGCCACAGGUUCUCACUGUCACAGACAGGGACCUGCCCCCCAACACUGGCCCCUUCCGUGCCGAGCUCCCCCACGGCUCCGGGGACAGCUGGGCCGUGGAGGUUGGUGAUGAAGAUGACACCGUCACCCUGCGGCUGGUGGCACCACUGGAGCCAGACCUGUACAGUGUCUACCUGCGGCUCCUCGACCGGCCAGGCAAAGCCCAGCUCACCGUCAUCACCGCACGGGUCUGCGACUGUGAGGGGCCGGUGCAGAGCUGUUCCCAGAGACGCCAGCCUGCCAGCAGCCUGCCCUUCAUCCUCGCUGCCCUUGGGGCCAUCCUGGCCCUGCUGCUUAUCCUCCUGCUGCUGCUGCUCUUCGUGAGGAGGAGGAAGGUGACAAAGGAGCCACUGCUGCUGCCUGAGGAUGACACCCGGGACAACAUCUUUUACUACGGGGAGGAGGGCGGUGGGGAGGAGGACCAGGACUAUGACCUGCGCCAGCUGCACCGAGGCCUGGAUGCCCGCCCCGAGGUGCUGCUCCGCAAUGACGUGGCCCCCACGCUCCUGCCGGCUCCGCAGUACCGUCCCCGGCCAGCCAACCCCGACGACAUCGGCACCUUCAUUGAGGAGAACCUGAAGGCGGCUGACACAGACCCCACGGCCCCCCCCUACGACUCCCUGCUGGUGUUCGACUACGAGGGCAGCGGCUCGGAGGCCACCUCGCUCAGCUCCCUCAACUCCUCCGCCUCUGAUGCUGACCAGGACUAUGACUACCUCAACGACUGGGGCAGCCGCUUCAAGAAGCUGGCGGACCUCUAUGGCGGUGGGGAGGAGGAUGACUAGGAUCCCUCUGGCCUCGCUGCCCCCCUGCCCCAUGCCUUACUGCUGCCUGUGCCUUGGGUCUGCCCCCUCCUGCCAUGCCCCCUGCUUCGGCACAGCCCCCUCACCUUCCUCUCCUGUG